CCCGCACCUGCCGUCCCGACGACCACCUCGCUGCCCACACGCAGCGUCGCCCCGUCCUCGCUGCCGCGUCCGGCUCGCCACGUUCUACCCUCGCGCUCGCAUCUUACCCACAUCGCUACCCCAUACCACGGCUCCGGCUCUCGCCCUCGCACGCGUCGCGCUCAGUCGCACCACCACCCGCCAAGCACCCUCGACGACGACGCGCCCUCCACCAUGGCACACUCUCGGCCAUCUGCCACGUCCGGCAUGACCGGCACGCACUCGUCCGUCUUCACGGCGCUGAACGCGGCCACGUCGCGUCGGGCGCCACCUUCGCCGGCGCGCUUCGCCGACGCCGGCACGAGCCAGCCGCAGCUGCAGCCGCAGCCGCAGCAUCAGCACGGCGAGAGCCAGGGCGAGACGCAGCGCUCCGACGAGAGCUUCAGCGCAUACCUCUACACCGACUCGUCGACGCCGCCGUCGGGCUCGUCGCCCAACUCGCAGUCCGCGCCGCUGCCGCCGGGCGACGCGUCGCGCGGCGGCCCGCCCGGCACGCCUCGCAGCGCCGCCGCCCAUGCGACGACGGAGCGCGAUGUCGUGGUGCAUGCUUCGCAGCAGGCGGUCGGCUCACACGACGCCGUGGCAUCGCGUCGUGGCGCGGCAAGGGCCGAGGGCCGCCGGACGAAGAUCAUCGCGGCGCCGCGCCAAGAGUCGCCCGAGCCGCAGUUGGCCGCCAUCCGUCGUGGCGUGUCGGGCGACCUUCCGGCGCUCUACGACGGGCCUGCCGACUCGCAGUCUGCCUCGCAGCCGCUGUUGCCCGUGAGCAGCAUGGCCUCGACGCGUGCCGACGCGUCUCGCGGCGGCGAGUACAGCAGCGACUCUUCGACGCGCCCCUACACCAGUCCGUCGCCGACGCCCAUCGUCAUGUCGCAGCCGUUCCUGCUGCAGAGCCAGAGCCAAACGCAGGACAUGUCGCGCGAAGUCGGCCACGCUUGGACGUCCAGCGCCGAGGCGGAGGAGUCGGCCGACGAGGACGUGCUGCUCGACUCGGACGCCGAGGCUCCGAGCUCGCAGCCGCCGGCAGCUCGCGCUGACGCGCCUCGCCGCCACGCAUCGCCUACUUCGCCGUCGCGACGGUUGAUGAAGGGCGCUGUCGCUGCUGCCUCUCUCGGUUCCGAGGGCACAGACGAGUCGCACGCGCCGGCCAAGCGCCCCUCGCUGGACGCCGUCAUUGAGCGCCAGCAACAGCCGUCGUCCGAGGCACAGGCGCCAGCACGUGCGCUCAAGGCGGAGCCGUCGUCUGCAGGCGCCGAGGUCGAUGCCGACAGCGCAGACGAGACGAAGCCUGGUGAUGGCAACACUGGCCGUCGCCGCCGCCGCACCCGCAAGGAGGAGGUUGAGCGGCUCACUGCCGUCUUCACCGAGACGCCAUUUCCGGACAACCUCCGGCGGCAGGAGCUCGCCGUCGAGCUCAACAUGACCUUCCGCGCCGUGUCCAUCUGGUUCCAGAACCGCCGGCAGACGAUGAAGAAGCGUGCCGCUCGCUACGGCGCAUCAUCCGACGCCCUUGACCAGCUCUCUUCCGCAUCUGCACCGCAGACGUCCGACGGUGCCGCAGAGAAGCCGUCGUAUCAACGUGCUGUCCUGCAGCCCCGGCCCAGCCUCGAGGCGGCUGUCGCAGCUACGGCAUUGCAAGCACCAGUCUCCUCGAGCAGAUCACCGAGCACCGAGACGCCCGAUGUCCGGACCGCACGGCACGUGUCUCUUCUGCAGGCCAUCGGAGCUCCUCCGGCGGCGAUCCUCGUCGACGAGGACAAGGAGAAUCAGAUCCCUGCCUUCGCAGCGGACCGUCGGCCAUCAGUACCCUCAAGCUCUGCCACUCGGUCGCUGCUCCGUGUCGCGUCCGCUCCGGCGCUGCCGCGUGCGCCGCUCAAGGAUCUCAACGAGCUCGUCUCUGGCCGGCAUCAGCUCCCUGCAAGGACGGACGCGGACUGCGUGAACGAAGAGCAGUUCGAUGCUGCGGCGCCGCGUCGCACCCUCUCGCGCAAGCCGAGCAUGAGCGACGUGCUUGACCCGCCACAGAAGCGUGCCGGUCUCGGCUCGCGGUCCGUGUCCUUGCAGACCUCGAUUGGCGGCCGAGCCACCAAUGAAGAUACCGCAAUGGAGUCGCUCGACGCCAAGCUCCCGCCAGCGCUCGCCGCGACUCUCCGCGCACAGGGCAUUCUGCCGCCGCUUGUGCAGAAGACGGCCGAGAGCGACAUCUGGCGUAGGAUGCAGAGCUCGAGCGCCAGCUCCGAAGACACUCGCGAGGCCGAGCGCAACGCUCUGGAAGAGGAAGGCGUCGAGGAGGACGAGGAGCGCACGCUGCGUCUCGUCGCCAACCGUCGCGCCGCCAAGCAGCAGGCACGCUCGGGCGGCCAGCCCAACGCCAGGGCUGCCUUCCCUCACGGACGCACGCUGGCACCGGUCCGCGCCGAUCGAGUCACGGCUGCACCUCGCCUGUCGCAGGACGCACCGGCAGCGUCUUUCGCACGUCCGAGCAAGCAUGCUGCGCAAGCACAGCUUGGCCGUGGGCCUGCUCCGCAAAGAGCAGCCGGCGCGCGCCACGCGCACUACCGCGUGCCCAGCCUCGACAUGGCUGCUGGCUUUGACCGGGCAGACAAGCCGGUGUGGCCGACGCUCGCUGCGCAAGCCGAUGCCGGCGCCAGAAUGCGCCCGGCUCCUCGAGGCUCGAAGCGCUCGGCAAACGCAGCGCUUGGGCCUGUGCCAACUGUCGACGAGAACGCUCCGCCGACGUACUACGUGCCACGCAAGCGCAGCCGCUUUGCGAUGGACUACGCCUGGGAGGACAUUGAGCCGCAGAUCAACGACCACGAGGCCAGCGUGGGCCGCGAGCUGAACGGCAGCGCGACGCCAUUAUCUCAGCAGGAGAUCCCAGCCAAGGCCAAGACGGCGGGCGUCGGGCGCAAGUGGCCUUCCGCAGCAGAGGCAGCCGAUGCGAACGGUGCACUGGGCGACAUCAGCAACGCUGAUGCUGCCACGCGCACGCCGCUCGGAGGUUCACGCGCCAACGGCUCGCCGCACUUUGGCUCGCUCUUCUCACGCGUCGACCUCUCGCUGCCGCGGCUGCCUGGCCUCACUCGCGUGCACACGGGACCGUCGCCCACGUCGCAGCUGGCGCCGCUGCAGGGCUCGCAUGCGCUGCUCGACGGCCGUGCAGCACUCGCUGCCGCAGCGCCGCCGCUGCCCUCUCGGCGAGCCGGCAGCAUGGCGCACCCGAGCUACUCGGCAGACUACGCGUCCAGCGCGCCUCGUCUGGGCAUGCGCCGCGUGCCGCAUCGCUUCGAGGCCUCCUCGACGCGCGACCCGCUCGGCACCGCCUCGCCUCUCACGUCGCCCGAGCGGCCCGACGAGGUGCGGCGACCGAGCCUCGGCCGCAUCCAUGCGUGGAGCGAGCAGGGCGAGCUGCCGGCGCUCGCGCCGCGCUCAUACCCCAAGGCUGCCCCAGGCGCCUUCGAGAGCGCUGCAGCGCGCAGCGCCAACGCCGCUGCCAACAGCAAGCUUGACCAGCACGACGACAGCGGCUUCUUCGGCAGCGACGACGAGAACUCGCGCGCCUCGACGCGCUUCAACUCCGUGUCGCCGCGCAAGGGCGGCCGCGAGCAGGACCAGCAGGCCGCACGCCUGCUGCUCGGCCUUGCGGGCCACGAGUGAAGGGAAGCAGCAGUUGCCACCAGCAUGGCUCUCGUCCUGCUACCCUUGCCCUCACUCUAAUCGCGCACACGCUGCAUGCGCACUCGGCACCACACCUCGCCUGCACGCAGCUGAGCUGGGACCUGAAUUGAUUGUUCUUAACAC